CUGCUCAAGCUGACCAUUUCCGAAGUCGCACCUCUGAUACGGGCAAGGGAGGUAUCUCCCGUUGACCUUGCCGAGGCCGCACUUGCCGAGGCCGAGCGCCGCCAACCCACACUCAACUCCUUCAUAACCAUCAUGCGGGAGCAAGCCCUCGCCCAGGCCGAAGAAGCCGAGGAAUCCCUGUCCCGGGGCGAGUACCUGGGCCCGCUGCACGGCAUACCGAUCGGCAUCAAGGACAACAUCGCCACGGGCGGUAUCACCACCACGGUAGGAACCAAGGUGUUACGGGACCACGUUCCCGACGAAGAUGCCGAGGUCGUUCGCCGUUGCAAGGCUGCCGGCGCCAUCAUCAUCGGCAAAGAAAACCUGGAGGAGUUUGCCGCCGGGGCGACCUCCAACAACCCGCAUUACGGCGCGGUGCACAACCCCUGGAACGUCGACCACAUUCCCGGAGGCUCCAGCGGAGGCGGAGGCGCCAACGUGGCUGCCGGCGUCACCUUCGCGUCCCUGGGAACCGAUCUGGGCGGGUCAGUGCGCCUGCCGGGCGCGUUCUGCGGUGUCGUUGGGCUCAAGCAGACCUUCGGAAGAGUCAGCCAACGCGGCCUGUUGGUGACCAGUUUCAACGGUGACCACAUUGGCCCCAUGACCCGUUCCGUCCGGGAUAGCGCGCUCGUUCUGCAGGCCAUCGCCGGCUAUGACCCCCUGGAACCCAGCACCGUGCCGGUCCCAGUGGAUGAUUACGCGCUUAUCAUGGAACGCGGUGUCAGUGGGCUCACCAUGGGCAUCCCGUCCAACUACUACUUCGACCUCCUCGAUCCCGAGGUUGAGGAAGCCGUUCGGCGCGCCAUAGCCGCCCUGGAAGAGCUGGGCGUCGCAACCCGCGAGGUGAGCGUUCCCAGUAUGCAGUACGCCGGCGCGUUGCGCUUUUCCAGCAUGGCCGACAGCGUGGUAACCCACGAGCCGUAUAUCGCUUCCAGCCGCGAGGACUACGGGCCCGACACUCUAUACCGCACCCUGGCCGGCCAGUUCGUGCUGGGCCGGGACUACUCCAAGGCCAUGAAGGUCCAGCGCAUCAUCAAGGAGGAGCACGCCCGCGUCCUUCAGGAUGUGGACUUCCUCGUUACUCCCACCACGCCUCUGCCCGCGCCCCGCAUCGACGCUGAUACCAUCGACGUGGAAGGACGGCGUCAGAAGGUGCGCGGCCCCGGCUCCGGCCACGUCUCCCGCAACACCAGCCCGAUGAACGCGACUGGCUUCCCGGCCAUCACCGUGCCGUGCGGCUUCAGCGGACUGGGACUGCCCAUAGGUCUCCAGUUCAUAGCCCGCCCGUGGGAGGAGGGAAACCUUUUCCGCAUCGCCAACGCCUACGAGAGCGUCUCUCCCAGCCGGGGCGUGUCGCCUAAUUUGGAGUGA